GACGCAAAGCUGAAGAGUUUAAUGACUUCAGACGGAAAUACAGAGUGAACUUUGUAGGUUUGAAGGAGGAACACCGGGAGGAAAGACAGGUUUUGGAAGAAAAACACAAGAAACAAAUCAAAGAGAUAGAAGAGAAGUACAACAGAGAGUAUAAAGUGUUUGACGACCUGCUGAAAUACAAAGAAGAAUAUUUUAAAGAAAAACUCAGACUGAGAGCAGAUCAACUGAAAGAAACCGAGGCUUU